CACAAUCAGAUUUUAACUAUUACAAACCUAACAAACAACAAACAACUCUCUUCUUCUUCUUCUACAUCUCCUCUCUCAAUAUUCAUUUCCUUUUUCCCAAUGGCAACGAGAAAAAACUUCCUCUUUCUCGGAGGAAAAGACAGAAUUACCCCUCUCCCAUCUAGCAGCCUCCAGUUUGAAUUUGAUGAAGCUGAAACAUGGUGUAACAACACUAGUUCAAACGAAAAUGUUGUUCAUAAUUCUGAAGCCAAAAUAUCAAUACCAAAUUCAAAAUUCUUGAAAAAACCAGGGAAAAAGAGUGAAAGAUCAAGGGCAAUUUCGUCAACAUCAUUGCCAGUGAAUAUACCGAAUUGGUCGAAAAUCUUAGGUGAUGAGUACAGGAGUUGUCCGAAAGAAAUUGAUGAUAAUAAUGUUGUUGAGGAUUUUGAUUAUGAAAGUGGAAUUCCACCACAUGAAUAUUUAGCAAGAACAAGAGUUGCUUCUUUUUCAGUACAUGAAGGUAUUGGAAGAACACUUAAAGGAAGAGAUUUGAGUAGGGUAAGAAAUGCUAUUUGGAAACAAACUGGUUUUGAAGAUUAGUAAAUCUUGAUUAAUUAGCAAGAGCAACAGUAAAUUUUCUCUGUGACUUAGAUUUAAGAUGUGGUUGAUUGUCGGUAGCCUAUAUUACAUCUCUUAUGGUGCGGUCCUUUUCUAUUAAUAUGUGUGAAUACGAGAUACUUUAUUCACUGAGAUACUUUUUUGAGUUUUUUUUAUUGGAUGAAUGGGUUAAUUUUUGUAAGUUAUUAAGGGGUUGGAUUGAUCCUCUAGUUUUGAUGGUUAUCUUUUAGUUGUGACUUCAAUUCAGAGGAUCUAAUGUAAUGUAAGUUUGUGUUACCUUAUUCACAUUUCUUUCCUUAGAUUUUGCAUAAUCUUUUGGAUUUUUGAAUUGAAUAUCAAUCUAGGGAUCAGUUUGUAAUUUUAAACUUGAUGAGUUUUGGAUUUGUACUGUGGAA